AUGUCUCAAUCAGCCUCCAUUCCUACCAACUCUGCACCUUUCUCCGCUCUCCCUUCGAUACAUACCUUACUCCUCGAAGCUAAAGCUAAGAAGGGUUUGACCUUUGACGCGAUCGGAAAAGCGAUUGGAAAAGAUGAAGUCUGGGUAGCUUCGGCUUUCUAUGGGCAGGCCAAAUUUAACGCAGAAGAUUUGCAAAAGCUCUCCGAGGUUCUCGAUCUUCCGCAUGCGGAGUUGACUGCUGGACUAGGCGAACAUUGGUUCCCUUACCGUGGCCUGGGGUCUGCUGUUCCUACUGAUCCUGUUGUGUACCGGCUGUACGAGGGGAUCAUGGUCUAUGGUCAUCCCAUCAAAGCUCUCAUUAACGAGAAGUUUGGUGAUGGGAUCAUGUCGAUGAUUGACUGCUAUGUCAAGGUCGACAAAAAGCCUGACCCCAAGGGUGAUCGUGUUGUUCUGACAUUCGAUGGAAAGUUUUUGCCGUAUGCUAAGUGGUGA